CACCACACCUCUACAACAACCCAUUGAACACUCCCGAAACCCAUCUCAUCGUUCUCAGAAGAUUCAGCUCCGCCUAACAUCAUCAUGUCUACCGCCAUCAAAUCCAUCAAGUCCCUCGCACCUCUUCUGGACCGCGUGCUCGUCCAGCGCGCGAAGAUGCAGGCCAAGACUGCCGGCGGAAUCUACCUCCCCGAGACUGCCGUCAAGGAGCUCAACGAGGCAAAGGUGUUGGCUGUCGGACCAGGCAUGAUGGAUAAGGAUGGAAAGAGGAUACCAAUGGGUGUGAGCGCGGGUGACCGUGUGCUGAUCCCUCAGUUCGGCGGAAGCCCGAUCAAGGUCGGUGAGGAGGAGUUCUCGAUCUUCCGGGACCACGAUAUCCUCGCAAAGAUCAACGAGUAAACUCCGCCCAUAGCGAACGAUACCUCCGACUCCAAUUACCCACUGUAACAUUAUCGACCGCGACCCCCGAAACACACACCUCUUCUCGACAAUAGCGAUCGCAUGCCCUAUCUGGACCAUCGGAAUGGAGAAAGAGCAUACUGUAUAACUGCUGUGUUCAAUACCUGUAUUUAGAAGAGGAAGAACAAGGAAGACGAAAAGCCGUGUGAAUGUAAAGACGAAUCUCAACUCCACAUCGAGGAAGUGACAUUUAAUACGCAAUCUUUCGGCCACAA